CCGAUUCGUAAGGAGUCCAGAAUAUACAAGCUUACUAAAUUGAUAAUCUAAGGUUUUGAAUUAUCUCGUCGUCCAAACUGUAUAAUGAAACUUUAGUAGUGGUCGUAACUCGUAUACAACUUAAAACAGAUCUUCUAAAGACUAAAAAUUGACUUGGUGGCAUCCUGAAAGUGCUUUAUAAGUAGGUGCUUUACAAUUAACUCCAUAACUCAUCCAAAUUUUUCUAAUUCGACUUUCGGAAUUCAAAAUGUCCAUUAUAAGGCGCGCAAUUCGGCAACGUUGCCACACUGGUUGACGUAAAUCAGCUGUUUACCACAAGGUCGCGUAAUAACAACAAACAAAAAGAAUUAAAAAGUGAUUAUUGACUUUAUCGCCUUGCGAAUUGCGAAUUUUCUUUAGUUCUAAACAAAAUGGCAGACAUCAAAUCUUUGGAACACCCUACACUCAAGGUUCCCUACGAAAUACUAAACAAGAAAUUUCGUUCUGCACAGAAGACGUUAGACAGGGAGGUUUCGCACGUGCAGCAGGCAGCAAUCGAGAUUGAAAAAAGCAUUUCCGGAGAGAGUGUUAAAAGUAACGACAUUACGAAACUCCUAGGCGGAAUGGUGGAGAAACUGCAGGUUUUGAAGCGUAAAGCCGAAGAGAGCAUAACGGAGGAGCUGCAAGCGACUAACGUUUGCAAGAGGCGUCUCGAACAUCUGAAAGAGCACGCGACUCUAACGUCGUCCGGCGUCGUAUCGCAAGGUGCCCUAAACCAAUGGCGAAGGAAACGAUUGGAUCGCAUGGUCGUCGAGUACUUUCUCCGAAACGGCUAUUAUAACGCCGCGAUUACGCUCGCCGAAAGAUCGAACAUUAAGGAUUUAACGAACAUAGAUAUAUUUUUGACGUCUCGCGAGGUGGAAAAGUCGCUCGCCAGUCACGAGACGUCCAAGUGUCUGUCGUGGUGCCACGACAAUCGGUCCAAGUUGCGCAAACUUAGAUCGAAUAUGGAGUUUAACUUGCGAAUUCAGGAAUUCGUCGAACUGAUUCGAUCCGAUCGGCGGAUCGAUGCGAUUAAGCACGCCCGAAAGCAUUUUCCGACUUUCGAAGAUGAGCACUUGAAUACAAUUAAGAAGGCGAUGGCUUUACUUGCCUUUCCAGUUUCGACAGAAAUACCUUCGUAUAAAAUGUUGUUCGAUGAAGGUCGAUGGGACACGUUAAUCGAGGAGUUCAGGCAGGAGAAUUACAGAUUGUUUCAGUUGGCCAGCCAGUCGGUUUUUACUGUUGCACUACAAGCAGGCUUGUCCGCACUUAAGACACCUCAGUGUUACUCUGAGAAUAGUGAGAAUCGGAAUCAAAGCUGCCCGGUCUGUCAAAAGUACUUGAACCAAUUAGCCGAGCAUUUACCGUUUGCGCACUGUUCCCAGUCGCGCUUGUACUGUCACAUUAGCGGUUUGCCGUUAAACGAGAAUAAUCAACCGAUGAUGCUUCCUAACGGAUACGUUUACGGGGAACAAGCAUUGGAACAAAUGGCCCGCGAGAAUGAGGGGCAGGUGAUUUGUCCUAAAACGAAGGAAAUAUUCGCUUUUAAGAAACUGGAUAAAGUAUUUGUUAUGUAAGCUAUGCCAAAUUUGUAUUGAGUACUUCAAUUUUUUCGCUAAGAGUAUUUUGAGCUUAUCUCAUUUUAGUAGUGUUCCUAAAACGGAAUGCUUUAGAUAUUUAUAAUGCCAUUAUCUCUUUUGUUUAAUAAAUUGUGUUUUCCUAAUUAAA